CUUCCAUUACACACUUUGUUACACACACUCCCUCACUCUUCGUCACAUUUUGUUAACUCCAAACAUACCCAGUCUAACCCUUUCUUUUUCUCCCUCCUUUCCUUUCUCCUUUUCGUUGUUCAUCGUCCUCACCAAAUCCAUCUUCCUCCUCACCUCCAUCUUCAUCCUAAUCAUUUACAGCCUUAUUUUCCUCUUCUUCAUCAUCAUCAGUUUCAUCAACACAGAGCAUGAAGUUGAGCAAGUGGGAACCUACAAAGGAACCUAGAUCUGGUGUUGGGGAAGGGGAGAGAAAAGGAAAGGAUUUAGAGGUUGAAGAUAAUGAUUUAGGAACCCAAUAGCCUGGGUUCCUUCGAACUCUUCUCUCCACCAUGGCAAUAUGCCCCUACUUAGAUCUUCUUUUAUCUCUUUUAAUGGGCAUAGUCUUCUCUAGAUCUUCAUGGUUUCAUGGUUUUUUAAUUUGGAUAGUUGUUAAUUUUCUCAAUUUCUCAACCAUUUUUGUUGGGGGUUUGAAGUGUUAUGUUGAUUGAUCAACUUUGUACUCUUUGCACUAUUGGGCUUUCAUUGUUUCCUUUAGUAUCUUUUACUUUGAUGGGUGUUGGGGGUUUUAUGAUUUAGUUCAAGGCUUCAAGUCCUUUUUUCUAAAGCUUGAGGGAGAAGUGGAUGAAAUUGCAUUUAGGAACCCAGCACUCUCCACUAUGACGGUAUGCCCCUAUUUAGAUCUUUCUUUUAUCUUUUUUAAUGGGUGCAGUCUUCUCUAGAUCUUCAUGGUUUCAUAGUUUUUUUAAUCUGGAUAAUUUUUAAUUUUCUCAAUUAUUGAACUAUUUUUGUUGGGGGUUUGAAGUGCUAUGUUGAUUGAUUAACUUUGUACUCUUUGCACUGUUGAGCUUUCAUAGUUUUGUUUAGUAUCUUUUACUCUUAUGGGUGUUGGAGGGUUUAUGAUUCAAUUCAAGACUUCAAGUUCUUUUUUCUAAAGCUUGAGGGAGAAGUGGGUGAAAUUGCAGGUUUCAUUGGAGGUCGUUUGGGAGUUACCGAAAAGUAAUAGAGAGUAAGUGUGUGUAAUGAAGUGUGUAAUGGAGGAGUGUAAAUGUAUCAUUGUCCAUAUCUAUAUGACUUCUUCACCUGUGGCAACUUCUUCCCUUCUUCUGCAUAAGGGCUUAUUGAAACGAGAAUCUCUAUGAGAGUAUGUAUAAUGGAGAAUAUCUCAAAAGCUUAUUUUAGUGUCAUAUCACUAAAAUUAAUAUUGUUUU